GCCCUCCCUCUCUCCACACCAGCAGAGCCUAUAAACAGACCGCUCGCUUGUUUAGAAGCGGCCGCUGUGUUCGUGCUCAUAGACGCAUUAAAGUUUAUUAGAGCGAGGCUGGAUGCCCCGUAAUCCGACGCGAUUUCACGUUUACGGACUUGAAGCUCGCUCUGCUCUCCAAGCUCCCAAACCUACUCGACACCCCUCCCCCCAUACCUCUUGCGGCAGAAGUAGAAAUGGCAAAUUUACUGGCACGUCGAUGAGGGGGGCUUCCUCGCGUGCAAGCGGCCAGGUCAACGUCGGACGAGCCAAUGCUUUCAGCAGUUUUGCCUUCCAAUACCUUGUCGGGAUUUGGCCGUGCCUUGUGUGGUUGGCUAGCUCUGCGUAGCGGUGGGGAGGAGAGAGGAGGCUUGCUGCUGCUGCUGCUGGUGGUGGGGUAGAGUCGUGAGGAGGUAGAGGUGGAGGGGAGGGGAGGUGUGGAGAGAGAGGAGGAGGCAAGUGGGGGGUUGGGGGUUAGGAAGGCUUUGCCACUGCCAGGGCUGCUGAUGUGACUGACGGCCUCGGCAUGUAAAUUCGUUUUCCGCCGUUCCGAAUCUCAGACGAGUAGCGGCUUUCCGAAGCGACACAGGAGCUUACCACUGGCUCCUCUCGACCGGCCACGAUGAAGUCUGUUUGUUUUUCGUGGCGUUUCUGUUUGUUUUUCCUCCUCUUAAAUACUGCUCCCUGUUUAGGAACCACCGGCCUUCAAGGGGGCCCUAUGGCAGACAGAGACGAGUGCGCCGAGAGCACGGACGACUGCCACAUCGACGCGAUCUGCCAGAACACGGCACAAGCGUACCGCUGCAUCUGCAAGCCGGGCUUCAAGGGAGACGGGACGCACUGCGAGGACAUCGACGAGUGCGACAGCGACUACACCGGCGGCUGCGUCCACGAGUGCAUCAACAUCCCCGGCAACUACCGGUGCACUUGCUACGAUGGGUUCAUGCUCGCCGAGGACGGCCACAACUGCUUCGACGUUGACGAGUGCGAGGUUAACAAUGGCGGGUGCCAGCACGUGUGCGUCAAUACCAUGGGCAGCUACGAGUGCCUGUGCAAAGAGGGCUUUUUCCUCAGCGACAACCAACACACCUGCAUCCACCGCUCCGAAGAAGGCAUGAACUGCAUGAACAAGGCCCACGGCUGCCAGCACAUCUGCAUCGAGACGCCCAAGGAGGGAGUGGCAUGCGAAUGCCGGCCAGGCUUUGAGCUGGCACGGAACAAGCGCGACUGUCUACUGACGUGUAACCACGGCAACGGAGGGUGCCAUCAUGCUUGUGACGACACGGAUGAUGGCCCUGUAUGCGGCUGCCACCAAAACUACGCACUGCACUCCGACGGGAAGACGUGUAUCGAUAACGUAGGCAGAAAGAGAGGAGAGGACAGGGUUUCCGAUGCAAGUCAAGCUGUGUUGGUGGGCAGGACAAGGCCAAGGCUUUUAACAAUUGAAAGGAGUGAGGCUGCUAUUGAGAGCACUGAGUUCAAUGCCACCUCGGUGGUUGAUGUGGACAAGCGGGGAACGCGUCGCCUGCUGAUGGAGACGUGCGCCAUCAACAACGGCGGCUGCGACCGCACCUGCAAGGACACCUCCACCGGAGUGCACUGCAGCUGCCCAGCCGGGUUCACGCUACAGCCAGACGGCAAAACUUGUAAAGACAUUGAUGAAUGUCAGCUGGGCAACGGUGGCUGUGACCACGUCUGCCGGAACACGGUGGGCAGCUUCGAGUGCAGCUGCCAGAAGGGCUACAAGCUCCUGACGGACGAACGUUCCUGCCAAGAUAUCGAUGAGUGCUCGUUUGACCGCGCGUGCGAUCACACGUGCAUCAACUACCCCGGCAGCUUCGAGUGCCGCUGCGAUCGUGGCUACACGCUCUACGCGCUCACGCACUGCGGAGACGUGGACGAGUGCAGCAUCAACAACGGCGGCUGCCAGCAGCAGUGCGUCAACGCCCCCGGCAGCUUUGAUUGCCGCUGCUGGGCCGGCUACAGGCUGCACUGGAACAAGAAGGACUGCAUCGAGGCCCAGCGGUGUUUGCCGACAAAAACGCCAGCCAAGGCCAUUCUGAGCUGCGGGAAGACUGGCGGCCAAGAAAGCUGUGCCCUUACGUGCCAGGCCAAGGCUCACUACACGUCCGAAUCGGAAAACAACUUCAUUUUCAGCUGCGGGGUGUCUCCUCCACCCGUCAAGGGCAGGGGAACGCAGGACACUGCUGCCCUCUCUGUCUGCUCAGACUCGGGAGACCGCGCCACGGUGAAGAGGAAAGCUCGCUUCGAGUUCCCCGCAGCGAAAUGCCGGCUGAGGCGUCGCAACCCGGGGAAGGUCAUGGACGGCUCCCUGAGACAGCCCGCCAUAGAGAACAGCCUCGUGAACUUCGUGAACCUCAAGUGCGACUCGACCAAGGGGAAGCCGAACCGCAAGGGGCGCAAGGCGCCCAACCUGGAGUCGAGGAUCACGGCCGAGUUUGAGAUCGAAGUGAGCGCAGAGGCGGCGACAGCCUCGUGCGACGUGCAGUGCGUCAAGAAGAAGACCGACAAGAAGCUGCGCAAGACCAUCCGCGCCCUCAAGAAGUCCAUCAACAAGGAGCAGUUCGUCGUGCGCUUCUCGGGCACCGACUACGAGGUGACGCGCAAGGCGCCCAAGAAGAGCGAGCGCCAGGGCCCCUGCAGCGCCGGCCAGGUGCCCACGGACGGCAAGUGCGUGAGCUGCAGGCCCGGCACAUUCUACAGCGGCGCGCAGGAGAAGUGCCUGUCAUGCUCGCCGGGCACGUACCAGGACAAGGAGGGCCAGCUGGCGUGCGAGCCCUGCCCCGGCACCGACGUCAAGGGCCUACUGGGCGUGCUGGGCGCCCGCAACAUCUCCGAGUGUGCGGGGAAGUGUCCCCCGGGGCAGUUUUCAGCGGACGGGUUCCGCCCGUGCCAGCACUGCCCGCUGGGGACGUACCAACCCGAGGCGGGCCGCUCUUCCUGCUUCUUGUGCGGAGGGGGCCUCAUGACCAAGUUUGAGGGCUCCACCGCCUUCCAGGACUGCGAGACCAGAGUGCACUGUUCGCCGGGACACUAUUAUGACAGCGGGACGCACCGCUGCGUGCGCUGCCCCAUCGGGACCUACCAGCCCGAGUUCGGACAGAACUUCUGCGUGGGAUGCCCCGGGAACACCACCACCGACUUCGACGGCUCCACCAACGUGACGCAGUGCAAAAACACGCUGUGCGGCGGGGAGCUGGGCGAGUUCACCGGUUUCAUCGAGUCGCCCAACUACCCGGGCGACUACCCCUCCAACGUGGAGUGCACGUGGAACAUCAGCCCGCCGCAGAACCGGCGCAUCCUCAUCGUGGUGCCCGAGAUCUUCCUGCCGAUCGACGACGAGUGCGGGGACUACCUCGUCAUGAGGAAAACCGCCUCGCCGUACUCGGUGACCACCUACGAGACGUGCCAGACGUACGAGCGGCCCAUCGCCUUCACCUCCCGCUCGCGCCGCCUCUGGGUGCAGUUCAAGUCCAACGAGGGCAACAGCGCCAAGGGCUUCCAGGUCCACUACGUGACGUACGACGAGGACUACCAGGAGCUAAUUGAAGACAUCGUUCGUGAUGGGAGGCUAUACGCAUCAGAAAAUCACCAGGAAAUACUCAAGGAUAAAAAUUUGAUCAAGAUUCUGUUCGAGGUGCUGGCGCACCCGCAGAACUACUUCAAAUACACGAAGGCGGACUCCAAAAAGAUGUUCCCGCAGUCCUUCAUUAAGUUCCUGCACUCCAAAGUGUCGCGGUUCCUGAGGCCCUACAAAUAACGUGCCGGCGGCCGCAGGGGAAGCACUGCACCUUCUCUUUUGAGUGACAGCUGGAACAACCCUUGCCUUCUGCUCGCCGGAUGAAGCUACGCGUGCUAAUGAUGGGUUCGGGGGGGUGGGGGGGGGGUUCGGGGGGGGGGGGGUGUGAACCGCCCCCACCGCCACCCCCCCCGUCACCCCCACACACACCUACGUCCUGAGCGGAUUUUGACUUUUUGUCUUCUAACUCGAGCAGUGCUUCGACACCUAACUAGAGCUUCGGCAAGUUCACCCGAGGCAGAAAACGGCUCUCCCUCUCUUGCCCGGCUAACGGCGGCUGCUGCUGUGCAUUUGUUAACACUUCGUAGAACUCUCUCGGCCUUGUUAUGCAAGUUGUUCGCCCGAAGACAUCCCAAGAAAGUCCAGUGUUUUAAAAAGAAACAAUAAGAAGAAGAAGAAAACUUAAGAUUUAAAAAAAAAGGCUAAAU